CUGAAUCAGCCCUAAUAUGCGUUGUGCUGCACAGGAGUGCGCUCUGUGGCCCACAACCGGGGCAAAUGUAGGAAGGGGGGGAUCAGCGCGAUCACAAAUCCCCACCCCCUUCCCCCUCCCCCUCCCCCGUACAUCAUGCAGCCAAAGGAGACUCCAGGAACCCAUCACAGCCCAGUACACAGCAGCGACGCCAAGCCCCACCAGCAAGCCCAGGCCUGGGUUGGUGGUCGCCAUGGCGGCAGUGGACAGUUUCCACCUUUUAUAUCGUGAGGUGGCCAGAUCGUGCCACAACAACGUGGAGCUUCUUGCUGUGGUGGGGGCUCUGUACACGGCUAAGAAAGGUCUCGGCAUCUUGUAUGAAUGCUACAGUGUGUUCAGGCUGCACAUUACCCCACAUCUGCUCAGCAGGAGUGACCUGGUCCAGCGCUAUGGAGAGUGGGCAGUUGUGACCGGUGCUACAGACAGCAUCGGCAGAGCCUACGCAGAAGAGCUGGCAAACUGUGGUGUGAAUAUCCUACUGAUCUGCAGGGACGGAGAGCAGCUGCGCAGCCUGUCAGAGGCCAUAGCUGAGGCCUAUGGCGUCACCACCAGCUUUAUACAAGCAGAUUUCCGCGUGGGACGUGCCACAUAUCCUGCCAUUAAAGAGGUUUUGAAAGAUGUGGAUGUGGGCAUUUUAGUGAACAAUGCCGGAGUGUUCUGUGAGGAUCCGCAGUGUUUCAGUGAGGUUCCUGAGGAGAAGGCAUGGGAGAUCAUCAAUAACAACAUUGCUGCAGCUGUAAUGAUGGCGCAUAUAGUGAUUCCUGGGAUGGUGCAGAGGAAGAGAGGAGCCAUUGUCAAUGUGACACCCGGUUUUGACUCCAGAUAUAACUCACAAAGUGCUGCCUCUAAGUCUUAUCUAGACACCUUCAGCAGACACCUGAAGUCUGAGGUUGCGUCCAGUGGGAUAUUUGUGCAGUCAUUAACCCCACUGUGUGUCAGGAGUAAACAUACAUCUUAUUGGACGUUACGUUAUCUGCCAGCAUUGGUCCCUUCACCUGAAGUUUAUGCCCGACAUGCUGUCAGGACACUGGGGCAUUGCAACAGGACCACAGGCUACUGGGCUCACUCUUUGCAGCUUCUGGUGUGCCGAUGGAUCCCUGGCUGGCUGGGCACUUCUAUAGGAGGAUUUCUUCAACAGUGAAGACUGGAGGCAGCUCUGUCACUGGCCAAGACUCCGUCUCCACUACACUGAAUUGCAAGUCUCUUCCUUGACCAAAUACAUAAGACCAAGGCCUGCCGUCCAGGCUAAAAGCUUUGUCACAUCCAGUACAGAUUUAUCUCAUUGGUACUGAUAACACAGAAGCCAGUGUCGCAUUUUCAUUGCUCCUUGGGGUCAGUCCGAGUCGAUCGCUCGCUAGCAACUUUUCGCACCGCUGCGAUAAGGUUAAAUCUCUGCAAAACUGCGCAUGCUUAUGCACCGCAAUGCACAGACGCGUCAUACGGGUACAAGGAGGAUCGUUGCUGGGCGAUGGAUUUAACAAAGAAUCCAUUCGCACAGCCGAACGCAAGGUGAUUGACAGGAAGAAGGCGUUUGUGGGUGUCAACUGACCGUUUUCUGGGAGUGUUUGGAAAAACGCAGGCGUGUCCAAGCGUUUGCAGGGCGGGUGUCUGACGUAAAUUCCGGGACCAAAAAGACUGAAGUGAUGGCAGCGGCUGAAACUUCAAAAAACAUUUUUGUGCCAUCGGCUGCAGAAGCGUUCGCACACGUGCAAAGCGAAAAUACACUCCCCCAUAGGCGGCGACUAUAUGAUCGCAGCAAAGCUAAAAGUUGCUAGCGAGCGAUCAACUCUGAAUUACCCCCCCUUGUUCAGCUGUGGAGCCAACAUUCCUUAUAAACUACUAGAAGGUAAAUGUGGUAUUUAUAGAGUGAAAGCAGCAUUAAUUAGACAAAUCUGCAUUCAUGGUCCAUGUUAGCGCUGUGUGUAUAGUGGUGGGUUUUGUGGUUUUAUUACAAAUAAGUCGCUGGAAAAUGAAAUGUAUAUUUAGAAAGGUAUAAAUGCAGAAAGCUGCUGUUUAAGUUAUUUAUUUUCACCGAUUCAUUGCAAUUCCCAGUGUUAGUGAAGUUGCUAUGCUGGUGUACUUGGCUUUUAUAAUAGUGAUUCACAUAAGUGUGACAUUCUAAUUGUGGGCAGUAGUGAACCUGACCGAAUACACUGUUCAUCACCUGGACGGUGCUGAAAGUUGUUCAAACUGAUGUGAGAAUAUUUGUGACACAGGGGAACCAUUUGCAGUUUUCUGGGGGUUUUUUUCCACCUGUUACUGGAGACGCCAUCUACCAGUUCGGCAUCUCCCAGCGUCGUGCACAUGACUUCUUGUAGAGGAUGGCCACGGUUGGCCACAUUUGGGUUUAUCAUCGUUGGCCAAUCCAAGUACACUAACUGCCCAUGGAGAAAGUAAAAAUAUGUUGCCCUCUGGUGGACGAACACAUAUUUGUAUAAUUCAGUAACACAUCACUCUUUUCUGUGUCCUACAGUGUGUACUUUGUGUUUACGUACUGACUGAUGUUUGAAUAACUAAACCUGUUUUUUUCAAAAACAGAA